AUGUGUUAUGCUUCCCCUGUUUUAAAUACAACCAUGUAUUAUGCCCUUCACGAAAUGGACCUGGAGCAGCGUAUCAAGGCAUAUCGCUUCGUUGCCUAUGCCGCCGUCACAUUCUCUGUAGUCGCUGUACUGUCAGUAUGUCUCACUCUACCUAUGGUCUACAACUAUGUGAACCAUGUGAAGCGUCAGAUCAACACUGACAUCAAUUUCUGCCGCGGAUCGGCGAAAGACAUUUGGUCAGAGGUGAACAACCUCUCCAAGCUGCCUGCCUCGAACAGAACCGCACGUCAAGCAGGAUACGACGCAGGAGUUGUCAACGACCCCGUAAGCGGUGGCGGGAAAUGUAGCGGAUGCUGUCUGCCUGGUCCUCCUGGAGGCGCUGGUACCCCCGGAAAGCCCGGUCGUCCAGGAAAGCCAGGAGCUCCUGGUAUUCCUGGAAAUCCAGGACGUCCUCCUCAGGCGCCCUGCGACCCCGUCACACCUCCACCAUGCAAGCCUUGCCCACCUGGACCUCCUGGACCUCCAGGUCCCCAGGGACCACCAGGAGAUGCUGGUUCAGACGGACAGCCUGGACAACCCGGCAAUGAUGCUGCUCCUGGUCAGGCAGGUCCUAAGGGACCACCUGGACCUAACGGAAACCCUGGAGCCCCUGGAGCACCUGGCCAACCUGGACAAGACGCAUAUUCAGAGCCACUCAUUCCUGGAGAACCAGGACCUGCCGGAGAACCUGGCCCACAGGGACCUCCUGGUGCCCCAGGACAGCCAGGCUACGACGGCCAAGCUGGACAACCCGGACCAAAAGGACCUCCUGGGCCUGACGGUCAGCCUGGAGCCGACGGAAACCCCGGAGCUCCUGGAGAGGCUGGACCUCCAGGAGAGAGCGGAGAAAAGGGUGUUUGCCCCAAGUACUGCGCUAUCGACGGAGGAGUCUUCUUCGAAGAUGGUACUCGUCGAUAA